UGGAAUAACAACUCACACACAAUGUCUGUGGAAAUGGUCGCAUGUAUUGCAAUCGAAGCAAUCUCCAUAUUGGAGAAGACACAUUCAAAAGGUUAUGUGCAUGGGGAUGUGAAGCCUGAAAAUUUUUUACUCGGACCUCCUGGGACUUCUGAAGAAAAGAAAUUGUUUCUUGUUGAUCUUGGCUUAGCCACUAAAUGGAAGGAUAGUUCAACAAAUUCACAUGUUGAAUAUGAUCAACGGCCAGAUGUUUUCAGGGGGACUGUGCGCUAUGCUAGUGCUCAUGCUCACCUUGGGAGGACAGCAAGCAGAAGAGAUGAUUUAGAAUCCCUUGCUUAUACACUUGUCUUUCUUCUCCGUGGUCGUCUACCUUGGCAAGGCUAUCAGGGUGAAAAUAAAGGUUUCCUCGUCUGCAAAAAGAAGAUGGCUACAUCUCCAGAGUCUCUUUGUUGCUUUUUCCCACAACCUUUCAAGCAGUUCGUUGAGUAUGUGGUUAACUUGAAGUUUGAUGAAGAACCUAACUAUGCAAAGUGCAUCUCUCUUUUUGAUGGCAUAGUAGGUCCUAAUCCAGAUAUUAGGCCAAUUAACACUGAUGGAGCUCAAAAGCUUAUAUAUCAGGUAGGCCAAAAAAGAGGUCGUCUAAUGAUGGAAGAAGAAGUUGAUGAACAGCCCAAAAAGAAGAUUAGAAUGGGGUUGCCUGCAAAUCAAUGGAUUAGUGUUUAUAAUGCACGACGACCUAUGAAACAGAGGUACCAUUAUAAUGUUGCUGAUAUGAGGCUUGCACAACAUAUCGAGAAGGGGAAUGAAGAUGGUUUAUUCAUCAGUUGUGUGGCUUCUUCUAACAAUCUUUGGGCCCUGAUCAUGGAUGCAGGCACUGGCUUCACUGCUCAGGUUUAUGAGCUAUCUACAAACUUUCUUCACAAGGAAUGGAUAAUGGAACAAUGGGAGAAAAAUUAUUAUAUUAGCGCACUAGCAGGGACAAACAAUGGCAGCUCCUUGGUGGUUAUGUCCAAAGGUACUCUAUAUGCGCAGCAAUCAUACAAAGUGAGUGAGUCAUUUCCUUUCAAGUGGAUACAUAAAAAGUGGAGGGAAGGUUUUUAUGUUACUGCAAUGGCAACUGCUGGCAAUAGGUGGGCUGUCGUUAUGUCUCGUAAUGCUGGUUGCUCUGAUACCACUGUUACUUUAGAGGAGGAGAAGAACGCAGAAACAGAAUGGAAAAAACAACUUGAUUUGAUAUCAAAAAACCAAACCUAUAUAUAG